UCAAUCCUAUCUAACCUUUCUACGUUUGGUUUUUCACUCUGACUACAGAAUACGCAGUUUUUAUUGAAAUUAUAAGUUGACUUUUGAGCGUUUUUUUAUGUUAUCUUGGAGAAUAAAACUGCAUGACUUUUUUACUGCUUCUGUUGAUGGAUUAACUGCGAUAGCUUGAAUGAUUCUGGCGUCCACUAGGAAUUCUGGCUAACAAGUUCUAAACUUAGAAAAAUUAAGUUACUAUCUGUUAUUUUGAGUUUGAUUGGCAACGAUUAUGGGCCGUCUUAAAAAAGAGUGUUAUCUAAAGCUAUCUGCACGCCCUACUUGGAACCUCGAAGUCGAAUCAGUAGAUAAAACCGUGCGCUAAAUAAAUCAUAACGAAGUUAAGGACUCCAGCUGCGAUCGACAAAGGGACUGAUUCCUUACACAAUAUUAUCUGCGAAUUGUGAAUGGUGUUGAUCGUGACAUAACCCUCGCAGGCGCCAUUCAUGGACAAAAAUGACAGAACAGUGCAACGGCAUCUUCACGGAGAACAGUUGCCCAACGAAACCCUUGUUCGAUGUAUCCGUCUUCGCGGCCGACGCAUCAGCCCGGGCUAAUCAUCCCGCCGUAUCCCGCUUCCAUGAAACCACCCUCCCGCAGGCACAGUCAAUAGUGCGGACCGGUUUGGAACGGUAUGGCACGAAUAAGGCCGCCAUUGCCUUUAACGGCGGCAAGGAUUGUACCGUGGCGCUGCAUCUAGUCUUAGCGGAGAUCGAAAAAUCAUACCGUUCUGAGUCUCCCAUCCAGAUCCCAGUCGUCUAUUUCCGCAGCCGUCCGCAGUUUAUAGAACUGGAGGAAUUUAUCCAGGAUAAGAUUCGUUUAUUGGGUUUAUCAUUGACGAUCUACGAAGGCGAUAUUAAGGAUGCGUUGUUCCGAUUUAAAAGUGAUUUUCCCGAUGUGCAGGGAAUUUUCAUGGGCACACGGUGUAAGGAUCCCAGUUCGCGGCACUUAUCUGCAUUUAGCCCGACCGAUCCCGGCUGGGCGGAAUUCGUGCGAAUCCUUCCCAUUCUGAAUUUUUCCUAUCAUGACGUGUGGUUAUAUUUGAAGGAGUUUAAUAUAUAUUACUGUAAAUUAUAUGAUGACGGGUACACGUCUGUCGGAUGGGAAGGAAACACUGUGCGCAAUGAGAAAUUGCGGAGAGUGGCCGAUGAUGGGACGGUGAAAUAUUUGCCGGCAUAUUUAUUGGAGGAUUCCGAUGAUGAACGGGUUAAUCGCGAAUGAUGGUUUUUGGAGUGUUUUUUAUGCUGUUCUUUAUACCAACGUUCAUAUGCUAGAUAAUUGUAGUUUUGUUGUUGUUGGAGUUUCAACUGGUUAUUCUACUUAAGGAGAGUUUGAUUCUCUUAUUAAUUUAUUGAUGCAAUCCCGGUAUUGAAAGUUAAAAUAUGUAAUAGAUUAUGAUUUGUAAUUAUGGUGUUUCUGACUUUCUGUAGGAUUCGUGGGAAAUGCAUAUUAAUAUGCACAUGCAAAGCAAAACUCAAUACCAUCCGAUACAGCAUUGCUCAAUUUUAGAUUAGCCUUAAUUAAUAGUUUAAUCUGGUUAGUUUUGUAAGUUCCGAAAUUUCGAUCGGUUUUAAAAUUAGGUAAUCUCUCAGUGCUGAAGUUGAGCCUUUUAACAUCAAGUCGUUCCGUUAUGCUUUUAAUACACAUUUUUUUGCAAAUUUUGCUAAACUUGCAUUGAUGAGAAAAAUGCGCCAAUUGUUUGCACCUGGACAACGUGUUAUUCGUUUUUGUCGGACGAAGAUUGAUAAAAUUAUGAAUAAUGCUUCAUGCUCGAUCUUGUGGGAUCAAUCAAAGCCGUGUUGUGUUAAUUUUGUUUGUUCACCAAAAUAGUCAUCGCGCUGUUCUGAUUCAGCAACCGGUUAUAAGCAAAUGCUUCGUUCGUAUUAGA